UGUACGUUUGUACCUUCCGGUUAAGUCAGAUUAGGUUAGAUUGUAUAUAAGAUUUAAUUAGAAUCAUUUUGAGAGUAUAGAAAAAAUUAUUGAAAAUUUGUGCAAUUUCGUAAAUUCGAUAUCAGUGGUAAAUUAGGAGAGAAAGAAAGAUAGGGGGAGAAAAUCCGUCAUCUCUCUGCCUUGAAGGAGUGUAUUUAUAUAAAAAAGGAAACGGAUUCUCUUUGAGUUUAAGUGUUAUACGGUGAAAAUGUUUACAGAUAUCUGUGAUACGUUUACAUUGUGAACUUGACGUCUAGGUAUAUUUAGAAAAAUUUAUAUGACGUUGACCGUCAAUUUAUAAGUUUACGAUUUAAUUGGAACAAUGAGGAUCGCUGUAGAGGGCUGCGCCCAUGGCGAAUUGGAGAUUAUUUAUAACACUAUACAAGAGAUCGAGAAAGUUGACGGGAGAAAGAUAGAUCUGCUCAUUUGCUGUGGCGAUUUUCAAGCCACUAGAAAUUUAAGCGAUUUAGAAUGCAUGGCGAUAUCGGACAAGUACAAGGAUAUGUGUACAUUUUACAAGUAUUAUUCUGGUGAGAAGGAAGCUCCGGUAUUGACAGUUUUUAUCGGAGGCAAUCAUGAAGCAUCGAAUCAUCUUCAGGAACUACCCUAUGGAGGAUGGGUUGCACCCAACAUCUUUUACCUUGGAUAUGCAGGUGUGAUACAAGUGGCUGGGGUUAGAAUCGCUGGGCUUUCUGGCAUUUAUAAGAGCCAACACUGGAUGCAGGGGCAUCAUGAGAAGCCUCCGUAUACAGAUCAAACUUUACGAAGUGUAUAUCAUGUUCGAAACCUAGAAAUAUUUAGACUGAAACAGCUUUCUGGUAAGAUUGAUAUUUUCCUGUCUCACGACUGGCCGGCAGGAGUAACGAAAUACGGCGACGAAGACGCGCUGUUGAAGCGAAAACCGUUCUUCAGGAGCGACAUAGAGAGCAAUACACUCGGCAGUCCGCCGUGCAUGGAGCUGUUGGAGCAGCUCUACCCGUCCUACUGGUUCUCCGCGCACCUGCACUGCAAAUUCGCGGCAAUCAUUCCGAAGAAGGGAGAGGAAGCUCGUGUGACGAAAUUUCUGGCGCUGGACAAGUGUCUGCCGAAACGGAAGUUCCUCCAGGUGCUGGAAGUGCGCUCGCAGCAGGAGAGUCCCUUACGUUUGAGCUACGAUCUCGAGUGGUUGACGAUACUGUACCUGACGAAUCAUCUGUUGAGCGUCAAGACCAGCAUGCACUCCAUGCCCGGUCGCUACGGCAGCGGCAGAUGGAUGUACACGCCCACCGCGAAGGAGAGGCAAACCGUCUACGAGAAGUUCGACUGCGACUUGCAAGUGCCGCUUAAUUUCACGCGCACCGCCCAGCCGUACGAUCCGUCGGCGGACGCUCCGAUCGAGCCGCCACGGCUGACGAUAAACGAUCAGACCACGCGAUUCUGCCAGACUCUGGGCAUCGACGAUCCGUCUACCUUGCUGCAGAUCAUCGCGAAUAGCAAGGAGAUCAGAUCGGGCGAGAUGUCGAUUAACAUGUCCUCCGUGCAGCCCAUGGAGAUCUCGACGUUCGACGAGGAGGGCGAGCUCCUAAGCUCUUUCGAGGAACACUCGUCGAGCAAAUGCUUGAGCGGCGAGACCUCGCCCGUGAACUCGCCCAAGAGCAACAACGGUGACGACGAGUACGACGACUCGGCCGACGUGAACACGAGCGAAAACGUCCCGGACGACAGCGCCAACGACUCCACGACGUUCGUGGAUUCUGCUUUUACUGAUGACGGUAAUGUACAAUGUGUGCAAACUGAGCCAAACUGCAAGAAAUUCAAACGUCGAAAUUACUCUUUGUAUUCCAACACGCUCGUGAUUUUUUAUGAAGGAAUCAUAAGCACUCAACUGUUGACAGUUCUGAAAGCAAAAAUGGACAAAUUGACUAUCAUAUCGGGGAUACUGUUUUUAGCCGCGGAUAUCUUUGCCAUAGCUAGUUUGGCCAUGCCAGACUGGAUUAUCACCGAUAUUGGAGGUGAUACAAGAUUAGGUCUCAUGAUAUCAUGCAUGACCUUACAUAAUAGACCACAGGUUUGUUACAAAUCGGAUUUGCAAUCCGAAUGGUUGAUGGCACUGGUCUUCAUAUUUGUGGGUUGUAUUUUGAUAACAGCAACCAUAAUAUUACUGGUUAGCUCACACUGGGAUCGUAACGUCAUUCCUUAUGCACGUUGGGUGGGAUUUGGUGCCAUGGUGUUAUUUUGUUACGCGGCAGUUAUAUUCCCAAUGGGAUUUCAUAUCGAUGAAAUCGGCGGGCAACCGUAUCAACUACCCAAUUCGCAUCAAGUUGGAAUCUCCUACAUUUUGUUUGUCCUAGCUCUGUGGAUCACUGUAAUUUCCGAACUUUUUGCAGGCAAAGUUUGUCUACCGCAUUUUUAGCAUUAUUCUAUGGUACGCAUAUUUCUUGACUAUGUUUUGUUGACAUGUAUAUUUAUAGUAUACAGUAAUAUCUAUCUUAAUGGUAUAUAGAAUUAUUUAUAUUCAGUAAAAUUAUAUUGUUAAGAUGUAAGAAAUAUUAACGUCGGGCGUCGUUACAUCUACUUGUGGUCGUAUAUUAAUAAGUUUAAAAUAAAUAGAUGGGUUAAGGUUACAUAGAAAUAGUAUUAAGAAUUAAUGCAGAAAUCGGUUGUAAAAUGGAGAUAGUAAAUAGACAAAUAAUAGUGUCAUAUGUAUGUACACAUGUAUUUG